AAAUGUGCAACCGGAUAUAUAACACUAAUAUUUAGCCCAUAUUGGCUAAUUAAACUGCCUGGUUAAUGAUCUUCCAAAGGGGAAAAAAAAACAAACCCUGUGCAGAACAGUCACCACACCCUCUGUGUGUUUGGUUACAUAAGGCAGGGCGCACACGGACACAUUAGAGCACAGGACCUGACUGGGAUCGGUGCCGUCGGCUUCAUCUCCUGUCAAACAUUCUCAACAGCCCUCCAAGGUUUUCCAAAAUGGUCGUCCUCUCCAAGGAGUAUGGUUUUGUGGUGCUUACUGGUGUUGCCAGUAUGCUGAUGGUGGGACACUUGGCUUUUAAGGUUGGAAAAGCCCGCAAGAAGUACAACGUCCCGUAUCCUAAGAUGUACAGUGAUGAUGAAGAAAAUGGAAACAUCUUCAACUGUAUCCAGCGUUCACACCAGAACACCCUGGAAGCCUACCCCACCUUUCUUUUCUGCCUGGCCGUUGGUGGUUUGCAUUGUCCUCGUGCCGCCAGCGGACUCGGAAUUAUAUGGAUCAUAAGCAGAGAGGUGUAUGCAUAUGGAUACUCUUCAGGAGAUCCCAAGAAACGAAUGAGGGGAGCUUUUGGAAACAUCGCUUUGCUGGGAAUGAUGCUGACCACGUUCAACUUCGGCCGCCACCUGCUGGGCUGGACAGGACCACGAAUGGGUGGCUUCCGUCACUCUCACAGUGCCUAGAGACGUAAAGGUUCUCACUCAGUACAUAGCACUUACAAUCAGUGCCGUCCAGUUAAACUUCGUAACCUUUGACCAUGCUGCUCAAGUUAGGUGAAGUUGAUGUCGUCAAGUUACCCGACUGGUUCUCCAAGAUGGGAAACGCCUCAUUUAGAAAGUUGAAUGUGGUUUAUUCACAACCGAGUGUAACGUUUUUACCUGUAAUGAGCAAUACUUUCCAUAUCUAACUUUGGACAUAUAUGAUUGUACAGUUUAAUUUGUCGAAUAGACUGUAAAAAAAAAAAAAAAAAACAUACAAAUGCAGCCCUAAAUCAGAAAAAUAUGGGACAGUAUGAACAAAUUACAAACAAAGCAGUGAUAAUAACAUUUUCUUUGACUUCUAAAUAGCACAAACGCACUAUACUUUAGGUUUUUUGUGUGCAACUUUACUUCAUUUUUUAAUCAUAUUCAAGAAAAAGUUGAGAGAGGGUUAAUUUAGUAGUCUGGUAGUGAAUUAAAUGGGAUGAAGAUCACCAGUUUGACAACAAAUGCAUGAGAAAAUUAUGAAAGUAAAGAAAGAUAGGAAGGCAUUUGGGCAGAAUUAAACCAUUGAAGGAAUCUGGAUGUGUUUGAUCAUGUAAAAGGUAGAAGUCUGAGCUGAACACGGUGAUUUGUGAUCCCACUGCAUCGAGAUCUACCACUCAUCUGGAGCUGAAAGAUUACUUUUGCAAACCUUUGUUGAACUCUACAGUAGAGUUACAGCCACAAAUGGGCCAAAAGAAGCCUUAUAACUGUCCAGAAUCAAACAAGCAACAUAUUUCUGCACAAUUUUCCAGGUUGAAUGAGACAAAAUGACACCUUUAAAACCUCAUGACUGGCAUUUUCAGUCUCUGAAUUCCUCAAUGUAAUCACUGUUAUGAGUUUUAAUUUGAUAUACUGCUCCAAAUUUGACUGAUUUUUGGUUAGAAUUAGU